GAAAGACACUUAAAGUUUUGCGAAGUGAUGAAACUCUUUUAAAAUAACGUAUAAUGUUGCGAAAACAACUUCAUUAAACUUUAUUUUUACUCUAGUCAGACCCAGGUUAAGUAAUUUUAUUGCGAAAAAAGAAGAAAGAAAAUGCACAAUCUGAAAACUAUAGUAAUUAGCAGAGUUGCAGAUCAACAGUUCGAAACGAACUCAACACUUUGUGUUUUGAGAAACGAAAAUGAAGCCAAAGUUGCAACAGUGAUUGGUGGCGGUGUUAUCAGCGGAGACUUAGGAGUGAAAUUGUGUUCACUGGAUAACCAAGAUAUGUCGUUUAUGCGUACCGAUGAUAAUAUAAAUAAAUCGGGAAACAUGCGAAAGAGACAGCGGCUUGACCAUUUAACUUUAAUAGAGAAAAAUAAGAGAAGGAAGCUAAAAAACAGGAUUGCAGCCCAGUCUGCUAGGGAUAGGAGAAAAGCUCAGUUGGAAGAACUUGAGAAAGAAGUUUCUUGUCUUGAAAAAGAGAAAAAAGCUCUGCAUGAUGUAAAUGAAGCACUUUGUAGAAGAGUUUUGAUGAUGGAAGAAGAAAAUUCAAAACUGAAAUUGCAACUCAGGUCAACAGAUAGUAAUACAGAGCUAAGAAACAGUCAGCCACAAGCCAGCAUUCAGGAUCAGGAGGAUACAUUUCAUCAACCACAAGUUAACUCCGAGACGCAUAAAACUCUGUCUCGUGAACAAAAUUCCAGCAUCAUGGAUGAGGAAAAUGGAUGUAAAUCUUUUGAGCAUGCCUUGCUCAUUAAUGAACCUCUGCAGAAGGGACAAGAUUUACUACAUUUUCUCUUGAUGAUACAAUUAACCUAUUUGCAGAUGUUGAUAAUGAGUGUCAUGGAUUAUACCAGCUCCUUAAAAAGUGCAACAAAGAUCUCCAGUCUGACUACAGAACUACACAGAGAGACAAAACAACAGAUAGGGUCUCCAGAAAAUCAAUGUAUGAAAUGGUGGGGCCCACAGCAGAACAGCUGGAAUCCAUCAAAGAAUUUAUAAAGUUAGACCACUUUUAUUACAAGGAUCCUGAAGAUGUUUCAGACUGUCCAACAUUAGUAAUUCAACAAAAUUCAAACAUAGUCUUGCCAAACUCAUACAUGGAAGAUAAUAACGAAAACUUAAGUUUUUCUCCUCCAUCUGGUGACAACAGGCAGCUGAUUGACAAUGGAAAGAACCUCAUGGAUAUAGACUACUUUUUCAGUACUGAAUUGUUUACCAAUAAGCAGUUAUGUAACAUUAGUAACAAUUCUGAACAAGCAGAUACUGAAGGACAUCAGUUGUCAGAUGUUCCAUCCUUGAGAGACAACCUGUCAUCAUCUUGUUCUCCAGCAAGUCAGCAAAGUAGAUGU